UCCUGCGGUAACAUUGUUGUGGAACGACGUCACACCUCGAAAAUGAAGGCACGGAGGCAGCCAUUACUGGAGCUUCUCUAAUUAUUUUAUUCCAAAUAAAUACUCACGGAAAACUCACAUGGCAAGAGCUACAAGUCAGAUGUAUGAUGUUGUGCCCAUUCAGCCCAACGUUGCCAUCUGUUCCUGCUCACAUCCAUCAAUGGCCAGAAACCACCCUGACUCCUGUUCGCCACUCUCCAUCCCGAGCACAAGCAGCAGUCACUGCCCCAACAUGGAGGGCUCAUCCCCGCAGCCCUGCGCCGUAGGAGCGCCCAGCGGCUCCCAGAGCGCCGACGGCCACGCGCAGCCGGCCGCCCAGACACUGCAGCCACGCAAGAAGAAGCCCGAGGACUUCAAGUUUGGCAAGAUUCUGGGAGAGGGCUCCUUCUCAACGGUUGUUCUUGCAAGAGAGUUGGCCACAGCGAAAGAAUAUGCAAUUAAGAUUUUAGAGAAGCGCCACAUUAUGAAGGAGAACAAAGUCCAGUACGUGAAAAGAGAACGAGAUUUGAUGUCAAAUCUUGAACACCCGUUCUUUGUAAAGCUCUACUUCACAUUUCAAGACGAUGAGAAGUUGUAUUUUGGUCUUAGCUAUGCUAAGAACGGGGAACUGCUAAAAUACAUUCGCAAAAUUGGUUCGUUUGAUGAGACCUGUACACGGUUCUACUCAGCCGAAAUAGUUUGUGCUCUAGAAUAUUUACACAAAAAGGGGAUAAUUCACAGAGAUUUGAAACCAGAAAAUAUUCUUUUGAAUGAGGAGAUGCACAUCCAGAUAACAGAUUUUGGAACAGCGAAACAGUUAUCGUCUGACAGUAAACAAGCAAGAGCAAACUCCUUUGUUGGGACAGCGCAGUACGUGUCUCCAGAGCUGCUAACAGAAAAAUCAGCCUGCAAGAGCUCUGAUCUGUGGGCUUUGGGGUGUAUUAUCUAUCAGCUGGUAGCUGGUUUACCACCAUUCAGAGCUGGAAACGAGUACCUAAUAUUCCAGAAAAUAAUAAAGUUGGAGUAUGAGUUCCCAGAAAAAUUCUUCCCCAAAGCCAAGGAUCUAGUUGAGCAACUUCUGUCACUGGACCCAUCCAAGCGGCUCGGAUGUGAAGAGAUGGGAGGGUACGACCCGCUGAGGCAGCAUCCCUUCUUCGACACCAUUUCCUGGAGUGACUUACACCUGCAGACGCCCCCAAAGCUCACACCUUACCUGCCAGCGAUGUCUGAAGACGAUGAGGACUGCUACGGGAAUUACGAUGACCUCCUGAGCCAGUUCAGCAACAUGCAGGUGGCGCCGUCGAGCUCGUCGCAUUCCCUGUCGCCGCACGACUCGGCGCCGCCGCAGCGAUCAAGCAGCAACAUCGAGCAGUACAUCCAUGACCUGGACAACAACUCGUUUGAGCUGGACCUUCUGUUCACUGAGGAAGAAAAGAAAUUAUUGCUGGACAAGCAGACCAAUGGGAACCCUUGGCAUCAGUUUGUGGAGAAUAAUCUGAUCCUGAAGAUGGGACCAGUGGAUAAACGCAAGGGCCUGUUCGCCCGCCGGAGGCAGCUGCUGCUGACUGAAGGGCCACACCUGUACUACGUGGAUCCCGUCAACCGGGUCCUGAAGGGGGAGAUCCCCUGGUCCUCCGAGCUGCGCCCCGAGGCCAAAAACUUCAAAACCUUCUUCGUUCACACGCCGAACCGGACGUACUACCUGAUGGACCCCAGCGGAAACGCCGACCGGUGGUGCAAGAAGAUCCAGGAAGUGUGGAGAAAGAUCUACCAGAGGCACCAAAACCCAGGCCUAUAGGAGCACAAUCUGAGGCCAAUCACUGAGCAGAAUAACGCCCUCUUUAGUGCCCUUCAUCACCGCAACGUAAACAAACUCUUAGAGACGCUGGCAUCUAGACCUCGUUUGUUUUCCUGAGUAGAUCCAUGGGGGGAAAAUACAACUUUGGAUUCAGGGUUGCUUUGCUUGUUCUUUGUGCUCUCUGUGAGGCUUCUGUUGCAUUUUUUCCAUGUAUGGAUGAUGAGACUUCCACCAUUUUGUACAUUCUGCUUCAGGUGGGGGUGAGUUUGGGGUUGGGGGGGAUGGAGCAAGUUUGGGUACUGCUAGGACUAUCCUGAACGCACGGACUGGUUUCCUGCUUCAACGAUAACACAGAAUCUAGCUUUUAUGAACCAGAGCCUGUCAAGAUAUCUUUAAUUAAAACCAUAUCCUAAUCAUACGUUAUAUGUGCGAGUUGUCGUAAAAGCCCGACUUUUAGUGCAUUUCCUCUCUAGCUGUGACGGAUACUGUAAACUGAUUCAGUCUCACUUAAUUCCACAGGUCCUCUUUAUUUUUUAUUUCCUCUGUUUAUUCCCUUGGUGUUGGAGUUGUUUUUCGGUCUCUUGGUACUUGCAGUCCAAUUAAAGCGGAGAGUGCUGGUCUGCAGUGAGACGUGGGUCUGAGUGAGCCUUCAUAGCUGUUACUAAAGUUGUUUUUGGUUUUUUUCUAUCGGGGUGGGUAAACAUGCCACUAGCUUCUACUUCUUCAUCACUUGCUUCUCUUUUCUGCAUGGCCAGUUUUGUUCCUAUGACUUCUUUCUUUUGGGCACUGGAGAUGUAAUUUAAGUCAAAAAGAAAAUGGGUAUUUUUGACAGCAUUGGCAACCUAUAAUUUGUUUUUUUUUACCAUUUUUAGUGGUUUUCAUAGCAUGAAUUCAAGUAAAGUCCCAUUUCUUUUUUUUAAGGGUAUUUUUGACAGCAUUGGCAACCCAUACAAAUUGGAUGUUUUGAAUUAGUUUUUGUACCAUUUUACUUGCUUUCGUUCUGUUAGUUCCCCUAAGUUCCUGUGUUGUUUUUGUUUUUUUGAUGGAAUAGAACGGCUCAUCUUGGUUUUGUGAUACUGAAAAUAAAAUCUCGUUUGCUGAACACAUAGAUAUUCAAUGCAUGGACAGGUUUUUCCCCACAGUUUGCGCACUGGAGAUGUAGCUCAAGUAAAAAAAUUAACGGUAUUGGCAAGCCUCACAAAAAUGGGAUGUUUUAGAUUAGUUUUUGUACCAUUUAACUUGCAUUCAAGGUGUGAAUUCUCCUAAAUUUAUUUUUUUGUUGUUUUUAAUCGAUGACAGUUUUUCAUCUUUACUGGAAAUAAAAUCUUAUGUGCUGACCUUAUACAUAUUCAGUGCAUAAGCAGCUUUUUCCUACAGUUUGGGCACCAGAAAUGUAGAUUAAAUUUAUAUAUAUAUAUAUAUAUAUUUGACAGCAUUGGCAACCGUUACAAUAAUUGGAUGUUUUGAAUUUUGCUGGAUUUUGUUGAGUUAGUUCCUCUAAAUUCCUCGGGGGGGUUUUCUGAUGAAAUAGAAUGACUCAUCUUUACUGAAAAUAAAUUCUCGUGCCGACCACAGACACUUAGUUUAAUUAAAAAAAAACAAGUGGGGUUAUUUUGACUGCAUUAGCAACCUUUAAUUUGUGUCCCAUUUCACUGGUUUUCAUGGUGAAAAUUUCUGCUUAUAUUUUAUUUUUUGUUGGAAUAGAACGGCUCAUCUUUGCUGAACAUAACAUUUGAUAUGCUGACCAUAUUUUUGACAGCAUUAGCAACCCUUAAAAAAAUUGGAUGUUUUGAAACUUGAACUUUUUGUAACAUUUUACUGGUGUUCGUGGCAUAAAUUCCCAUUUUUAAUUUAAAUUUUAGUUGAAAUAGAAUGGCUCAUCUUUACUGGAAACAAAAUCUUGUGCUGACCUCCCCAUGCUGAACAGAGACACAUUCACCUACUAUCACUCUCACAAGCAAUCAGAAAAAGCUGUUGUCAACGGACAAGAUGGCUGCCUCAACGGGCUUUCUGCCCUUCUUCUUUUUAUUAUUAUUAUCUUUGAUUUGUUUUUUUAUUUGACUCUUGUUUUUGGCCCAAUAGAAAUUAAAGCGAAUGAUUUAAUUUGUGCUUGUUUUUAAUUUUUUAGCAGUAAGUGUUAUCAUAAGGCUUUUAUUUUUGACCUUGAGGUCGUUUGCGGAGGCCGCUCUUCCUUCAGCUGAGUGUGUGCAGUGAGUGGUUAAUGUCAGUUUAAGGAAAUCCAUCUGAUCCAAAUAAACCAAUAAAAUUGCUGUAUCUGUCUGUAAAAUCGAGGGAACGCCAGAAGAGUGUUUGUUUUUUUUUCUUGAUCUAAAAAAACCCCGAAUCUAUUCUGAAUCAAGUCGAUGGCGGUCGGUUACAUCGUGUAUGAAAUGCUCUACCUGGCUUGUAACUGAUGAGAACUGUGAUGUACAGAUGAUGUAUUAUUAAAUCUGAAGCGAGUAAUGCAAUGAUAUUAGGAUACAGUUUUUGUAUUUUUAUUCUUGUAUAAGGUUAUUGAUGGCUAUUGUUUUAGCCUAUAGUUCAUUCUGUGUUAUUUAAAUUCUAAUAUAUGAAUCAUAUUUGGAUUGAAGUCAUGUUCAGGGGCCAUGUUGUGUAUGUAUUGAGAUGUAAAGCCUUUGAAUGUGAAUAAUUAUUGUAAACUAUAAUAUUUUACAGCUUUUUUCUUACUAUAUCAUACAUUUUCUAUUUGCUCAGUGACUUAAUCAUAUUCUGAUAAUUUAAUGAUUCUGUUCAUUCUCUCUCUGAUUAUUUGUGCGCUAGGUCAGUAGAUGUUGAAUGAUGAAUUUUCCACUUAAUGCUUGGUAGUCCAGUGAUUAAAGCAUGUAGGGAUUUAGGCAUUCAAAUGAAGGCCAUGUGUCUUGUCUUCUGUUUAACAACCUUCGCCACGACACUGAACUGCGUCCGGCGGAGACGACAUCUCACGUUUCUGCAGCAUGUAAAUAAAGUACCGACCCAUUA